AGCGAGCUUUCUUGGCAGCCCUACCCCACUAACCUCUACGGAGUUUUCGCCAACUUGAAAGGAUUGGUUCGACCUCCCAAAGCCUACACGAAACGCGAGUAUGCCAGAGCAGCUGUUGUAUCGCUCAAUCACUUCACGGAUAAGGCUGGCAUUAGCGGUGAGGGUCGAGACCUCACCAUUCGUUUUGUGUAUUUCAUAUUCACCGCUUCCAAUCCAGGGUUGCCCAGUCAAAACAUCUUACCCAACCAUGCUACUUCGGUCCUCUGA